AAGCUGUGGAGGUGGAGGUUAAUGGUGGUUACCAGAACAUGAAUGGGGUGACUCUUGAGCCGACCGAAAAGGCACUUCAAAACCAGGUGGAGGGGGGGGAAGCUGUGGAGGUAGCUGGUGGUGACCACCAGGUGAAUGGGGGGACUCUUGAGACGACCCAAAACGCAUCUCGCAACCGGAUGGAGGACGAAGCUGUGGAGGUAGCUGGUGGUGACCACCAGGCGCCUCAAUCAUCGGUACACAUGGAUGGACAAGUGGGGGUUGAGGGUUUUUCAGAGGCAGGGAAGAGUGGCGCAGCAGCUGCGGUGGUGGGUGCAGCGUUUAGUGGGGCUUUUAGACCAGCAGGCGAUGCCGUAGCAGGGAAGGCAUGUGAGGCGCAUGGGCGUGCAGAAGGGAUGGAUGGAAUGAUUGAAGAGAAACCGGCUGCUGAUUACAGUGGGCGUGCAGGGAUUUCAAUGGGCGUGCAUGCAGCAGCAGGGAUGGCAUGUGAGGCGCAUGGGCGUGCAGAAGGGAUGGAUGGAAUGAUUGAUGAGAAACCGGCUGCUGAUUACAGUGGGCGUGGGCUUGAGGAGAAGAGUUUUGGGGAAGAGAAGGAGCAAAGGGGGGAGGGUCGAGACCUGGUGGUGGGGAGUGUGGUGGGAGGAGGGGAGGUGAAAAAGGAGGAGCAAGUGGUGGAGGGUUGUGGUCUGCUGGUGGGGAGUGUGGUGGGAGGAGGGGAGCUGACGAAGGAGGAGCAAGUGGGGGAGGGUUGUGAUCUGCUGGUGGAAAGUGUGGUGGGAGGAGGGGAGGUGGGGAGGAGGGGAGGUGGGAGAGGAGGGCUGUUGGGAAGGGAGGGGGGGGAGGAAAUGGACGGGAAAGAGGGGAAGGGAGGGAAGGAUGGUGUAAGCACGGGCGGUUCUGCUGGCAGUGGUGAUUCAGGCAGCGCCUCUGGGCAACGGAAGGGCAAGAAGACUUUUAUGGUGCUCCGCACUGCGAUGGCUGAAGGGGGUUCAGUUGAAAGGAAGGAUGGGAAGGAUGGUGUUAGCAUAGAUUCAGAUGAAGAGGAGGUGGAGGAGAAGGGUGGUGGUGAUGCUGGUGGUGCUGCUGGUGGUGCUGCUAGUGGUGGUGGUAGUGGUGGUGCUGGUGGUGCUGGUAAUGGUGGUGGUGGUGGUGCUGCUGCUGCUGCUGCUGCUGCUGCUGCUGCUGCUGCUGCUUCUGCUGGUGGAGGUGCUUCCGCUGGUGGAGAGCAGAGGGAGGGCAGCGGGCAGUGCAAGAGGGCAUGUGCCACAUGCUGUCCCAAACCUUCCUUCUUUCCUCCUGUUCUCUCUCCCUUCUUCCCUGCCUUUUCCACUACCAAGGCUGCCAGCACAUCUCACUCUAACACUCACCACACUCACCCCACUCACCACACUCACUCGCACCUCACAGCAAAGCAGCUCGUUCGCCCUGCCUCUAAAGGCGCGUCUCACUCUAACGCUCACCACACCCACUCGCACCUCGUUCCUAACCAGCCUGCUCGUCCUGCUCCUACUGGGAAUCCCGCUCCCGCUCUCAACCCCGCUCUAAAGAAUGCCGUGGUUUCCUCUCCUCUCUCAUCCAUCGCCUCGUCUGUCCCUUCCUCUACCCCCUCGUCUGUCCCUUCCUCUACCCCCUCGUCUCUUACCUCUGCCACGCACUCAGUGGCUGCACUCUUACCGCCUGUUGGCUCUAAACAAGUCCUCACUUCGACCUCACUUCCUGCAGCUGCCCCUGAGAAUUCUCAGAAGUGA